GUGAAACUCCCCCUCAUUCAGCAAACAUCAACCAGACAGAAAAAUACCCUCUCAACCUCUUACAGCAGAUCUAUAUCUGUUGAUGAGUGAGACGCAAUGUGGAUUACACUUUUUAUCACAACAACCCUCUGUUUUUCUAUGUCCCGAGCUGGUGACUUCUGUGAAAAUGUUCUUGAUGAAUGCCGAAAAAGUGAAUCAUGGAUAGGUUGUUACGAGGAUCGAAUUAUGACCUGCAAGCCAAGAGGCCGCUCCAUGACAGGCAUCAAACAACUCAAAGUAGACUCGCUUCAAGAGGUUGAUGUGAGACCUACAUUUGAACAUAGAGUUCACAUCCCAUCAUCAGCUCUACAAGAAAGCAUAGGAAAUGUGUCUGAGGUGGAUAUCCUGGUGGUGGCCUCUGUAAUAAACAGCAGUUAUUUUAAGCUGAGUCCUCCCGAAAAAAGCAGGAGACUUGGGGGUCUGGAAGUAUUUAGGUACUCAGUCAUAUGUGUGCGGGCAGGAAACCAUGCAGUCGAGAAGCUCUCACAACCCAUCACGUUAACCUUCAAACACAACAAAGAGGUUGAAAGUGGAACGUGUGUAUUUUGGAAGGAAACAUCAGCAAAGGAUGGAACAGGUUACUGGAGCAAUGAAGGUUGUGACACAAAUUACACGGCACAUGAAUUUAUUUGCAGCUGCAAACGUCAGAGGUUCUUUGCUGUGCUUGUGAAUCCAGGAAUAUCGGUGACAAAAGCUGAUGCCGACAAUCGGCGGCAUCCUGAGAAAUCCAUAAGUCUGCACAUGCAGCUAACAGUGGCGAUGUUCUGCCUCCAUCUCACCUUCCUGCUGUCCAGCCUCCUGGCCCAACUACUGAAGGAAAAAGAGGACGGCUCAUCUUGCCUGGUACUGGGUCUGGUUUUACACUGGUCCCUUCUGGCCACCAUGACCUGGAGUGCUCUGGAGGGGUUCCACCUCUACCUUCUGCUCAUCCGGGUCUUUAACAUCUAUGUGAGGAGGUACCUGCUCAAACUCAGCCUGAUUGGAUGGGGUUUUCCUACACUGGUUGCAGCUGUUUGUGGGAUUUCACGUGUUUAUGGCAAAUACACUCUGAAAUACAGCAACAGCAAUUUAACACAACACAUGUGCUGGAUAAGCGGCAAGUCUGAACAAAAGCUCCUCAUAGUCAGCUACAUCACUACCGUGGCCUUUCCUUUCUUCGUGGUUGUGUUCAAUGCCUGCAUGCUGGGGCUGGUGGUGUUUAAGAUUUGGGAACUAAGAAGGGGUGAUAGAAGCUUUGGAAGCAGCAGUGACUGGAAGAAGAUAAACAAAGAGAGAAAGAAGAGGUUAUGGAAGGACUGUGUCACAGUGCUGGGCCUCAGCUGUGUCCUUGGGUUACCUUGGGGGUUAGCCAGCACUACAUACGUUUCACUCGCUGGGAUCUACAUAUUCACCGUAUUGAACUCCCUUCAAGGUCUAUUUAUUUUCCUGUGGUCUGUGGCGAUGGCCUGGUCAAAAUCUCAACCUGAAAAUAACUCCUCAAUCAGAGAGUCUUCCUCUCAGAAAAUGAUGACUACUAGUUUCAACAGCAGAAACUGAAAAGACUAAUGCAUUAUCCAUGACCUAUAUUAGGUGUUUGGCUUCUAUUGAUAUAUAUUUCAGUAUAACUAACAAUUAAAAAUAUAUACACAUUUAGAUGUGUUAUUUCUUCCUUUUUGUGCAAAUACUAUGUAGAAAUUUUGAAGAAAAUUCUUGUGAUUUUCUGUUUCCUCUUUCAAGCAAAUAUCAAUAACUUGACUGUAAUGAGUGGCUCUUUGAGUUGACUUCCUAUCAGUUGGAAGCAGUGCAGUUAUUCUACUCUGACCUCUGGCAACAACAAGGCAUUUUCUUCCAGAGAACUGAUGCUCUCUGGAUAUUUUUUCCAGCUUAUUCUCUGGAAACUGCAGAGAACUUAGUGUUGGAAAAUGCCAGUAGAUCACCAGUUUCUGGCACCAAUGAGCACACCAUGCUCACACCUCCAUUCUGUUUCACAAUUUAAUCAUGAGAACAUCAUCUUCACUAUUCCUUCAUGCCAAUAUGCAUUGAGUUUGUUUGUGUGUUUUGCUUUUUAGAUAUUUGCGUUAAUGACCUGUUGAACUAGUGUACCUAACAAAGUGACUAGUGAGUGUAGUAUUUUUUUUUACUGUUUUUAGAGAUUCCGUGCAAAUAAGAGACAAUAAAAAUGACAUUUUGAAGACACAAAUAACAUUUCCAUGUAUUACAUUGUAUACUAGAUGACCUAAUAGUGUGGUCAGGGAGUGUAUGUUGUUUGUGAUUCCACAGAGACUCUGACAGGCUAACACUAGCAAGACUUGGACAACUCACAACCUAACA